AUGUUCAUUAACCGCUGACUAUUUUCCACAAAUCAUAAAGAUAUUGGUACGUUGUACCUGCUAUUUGGGGCAUGAGCAGGAAUAACUGGAACAGCCCUAAGCAUUCUAAUCCGUACUGAACUAGGGCAACCCGGUACUCUAUUGGGGGAUGACCAGAUCUACAACGUCAUCGUCACCGCACAUGCAUUCAUUAUAAUCUUCUUCAUAGUUAUACCCAUCAUAAUCGGAGGAUUCGGAAACUGAUUGGUCCCACUAAUAAUUGGAGCCCCUGACAUAGCAUUCCCACGAAUAAACAACAUGAGCUUCUGACUUCUACCCCCCUCUUUCCUCCUGCUCCUAGCCUCAUCAAUAGUAGAAGCCGGCGCCGGGACAGGAUGGACGGUCUACCCUCCUCUAGCAGGUAACCUAGCACACGCAGGGGCCUCUGUAGACCUAACAAUCUUUUCACUACACCUAGCAGGUGUAUCCUCAAUCCUCGGGGCAAUUAACUUCAUCACUACAAUCAUCAACAUAAAACCACCGGCAAUAUCCCAAUACCAAACACCAUUAUUCGUCUGAUCCGUACUAAUCACAGCAGUACUUCUCCUGUUAUCCCUACCAGUCCUAGCCGCAGGAAUUACAAUACUACUUACCGACCGAAAUCUAAACACCACUUUUUUCGACCCCGCUGGAGGAGGAGACCCAAUUCUAUAUCAACAUCUAUUCUGAUUCUUCGGCCACCCAGAAGUGUAUAUCCUAAUCCUCCCAGGAUUCGGAAUGAUUUCACAUAUUGUUACCUAUUACUCGGGAAAAAAAGAGCCAUUCGGUUACAUAGGAAUAGUAUGAGCCAUAAUAUCCAUUGGCUUCCUGGGCUUCAUCGUCUGAGCCCACCACAUAUUCACAGUAGGAAUAGACGUAGACACCCGAGCAUACUUUACAUCCGCAACAAUAAUCAUUGCAAUCCCCACAGGAGUAAAAGUAUUCAGCUGACUAGCAACCCUGCACGGAGGAGACAUCAAAUGAUCUCCAGCAAUACUAUGAGCCUUGGGGUUCAUCUUCCUGUUCACCGUAGGAGGUCUAACUGGAAUUGUCCUAGCAAACUCCUCCCUAGACAUUGUCCUACACGACACGUACUACGUAGUCGCACACUUCCAUUAUGUCUUAUCCAUAGGAGCCGUAUUCGCCAUUAUAGCUGGCUUUGUUCACUGAUUCCCCCUAUUCUCAGGGUACACUCUCGACCCCACAUGAGCUAAAAUCCAAUUCUUCGUAAUAUUUAUUGGAGUAAAUAUAACAUUCUUUCCACAACACUUCCUAGGCCUAUCAGGCAUGCCCCGACGAUACUCCGACUACCCGGACGCCUAUACAAUAUGAAACACACUGUCCUCUAUAGGAUCUCUUAUUUCCCUGACAGCAGUAAUAAUGAUAGUCUUCAUAAUCUGAGAAGCUUUCGCCUCGAAACGAGAGGUACUCAUAACCGAAAUAACCUCCACCAACUUAGAAUGAAUUCACGGCUGUCCUCCACCCUUCCACACAUUUGAAGAACCCACAUACAUCAAAAUAUAA